CGUAAACAUAAACAUCGCGUGACCCGUGCGGUUUUCACAAAUUUGAGCAGAGAAUUGCGAACAAGAUGGACUCGGUUUUCGCAGCAAAGAAGCGCAAGUUAGAUGACUUUGGCGACGAGUUGCCUGCUGAUUCUAUAUAUGUGCCUGAUAGAAAUGGAGAUGGGGAAGUAUCUGUUUUGUUCUCAUUAAAAGAAGAAGUUGGUAUCUUGGCAAGAACAUUGAAACUGUUUGAGGCUAGUGGUGUGAACUUGACCCAUAUUGAGUCCCGCCCUUGUAAGAAGAGUAAAACAGAAUAUGAAUUCCUUGUCACCUGCCGCGAAAAUGAAGAUGGAAAACUACAAGAAGUAGUUAAACGAUUAAAAGAGAAAGCGACAAGACUCAAAGUACUGAGUGAUGACAAAGCCGAGGACUCUAUUCCUUGGUUUCCGAGAAAAAUCUCUGAUUUGGAUAAUUUUGCCAACAGAAUUCUAGGAUAUGGAUCAGAACUUGAUGCAGACCAUCCAGGGUUCACAGAUGAGGUAUACAGAGCUCGACGAAAGGAAUUUGCGGACAUAGCUUUCAAUUAUAAGCAUGGUGAACCAAUUCCACAAGCAAAAUAUACAGAAGCUGAGAAAAAGACAUGGGGUACCAUAUUCCGUAAUUUAACCACGUUGUACAGCACGCAUGCUUGCCGAGAACAUAAUCAUGUCUUUCCAUUAUUGAUGGAGAAUUGUGGAUAUCAAGAAGACAAUAUUCCGCAGCUUGAUAACAUCAGUAAAUUCCUGAAAGAUUGUACUGGUUUUUCCUUACGACCUGUUGCUGGAUUACUCUCAUCUCGUGAUUUCUUAGCCGGAUUAGCGUUCCGUGUUUUCCACUCCACGCAGUAUAUCCGCCAUGGAUCAGACCCUAUGUACACACCAGAACCUGAUGUUUGUCAUGAGUUAUUGGGCCAUGUACCAUUGUUUGCUGAUCCAGCCUUUGCACAGUUUUCGCAAGAGAUAGGACUUGCCUCUCUUGGUGCUCCGGAUGAAUGGAUUGAGAAACUAGCAACAUUAUACUGGUUCACUGUGGAGUUUGGCUUAUGUAAACAGGACGGUAAAAUAAAAGCCUACGGAGCCGGAUUGUUGUCGUCUUUCGGAGAAUUACAAUAUUGUUUGUCUGAUAAGCCAGAGAUCCGUGCAUUUGAGCCGGCCAAAGUUGCCGUACAGUCCUAUCCCGUCACACAGAUGCAACCUGUUUACUUCUUGGCUGAAAGCUUCGAAGAUGCUCAAGAGAAAGUAGCAGCAUAUGCUGCUCAAAUUCCAAGACCAUUCGCUGUUCGUUACAACCCGUACACACAAAGUGUGGAAAUAUUGGAAAAUAAAAACCAAAUCAAGACCUUGGCUCAGAACAUCAAAGGUGAAGUGUCUACACUGAUUGAUGCAUUGAAUAAAUGCAAGUAGAGUUUUAGACGCACAUAGAUCUAAAAGAAAUGAUUAAUAAUAAUAAUAAUAAUAAUAACUUUAUUAUAGUAAUUCAUUUCUAUCAGUUAAUAGCAAUAACGUUUACUUGUGAUAACUACUACUAUAAAAGAAAACCAAUUAGAUAAUAGCAUAAAUCUCUUGAUUGAAAUGAGUUAUGUAUAUAUAUAUAUUGAUCAAAUUACUGUAUCUGUACUCCAUGCACAAAUGAUACAACAAAUCAAAUUACAAACCAAAUUAUUUUAAAUUCUGUAUUUUUUUAGGAAAAUAUAGUGGUUUGUUCUUAAUGGGUGGUGCUCGUUUUAUAGUAUCAUGUAGGUGUUCUUGAAUCCACCUUUUUACAAUUCAAAAAAUCAUAGUAUUGUUAAGUAUUUUUAAGCAUCAUAACAUUAGUGUCAUCUCUGAAUACAAUCACUAACAACAGAGAGAUAUAAUAAACAGUAAUAAUAAACCAGAAAAUU